AUGUCUAACAAGACUGAUGGUCCAACAAUCAUUGUGUUGACACAUGCUUGGUAUAAGAAAAAUGCAGUUUAUGGACUGCUAUCCUUUCUAGUGCUUGGAAUGGCUCUAGACUUCUUAUUAACCUUGAUCAUCCCCAAGUUGAAUCCUUUAAAUCCAGUAGCUUUGUCACAUUCUCUUAUCCAACCAUGUGAUUCAUCUAUUCAAACCACCAACAAAGGCUGGACUAGCUCGAAUGAGGUCGAGAGUAUUUAUCAUAUCAAUGCAUUGGGAAAGGAUUGUUUCGCCACCACAAUUGGCACUACAAAGAGAUUCAAAGCCUCCAAGCAUGAAUGGUAUUUUGAGUCUUGCCUGUCUUGUAAGACCUCUAACAAGUCUCCCAGAGAGAAUUUUGUGUGCAUUUGUAGAGUGAAGGAUGUGGAACCUAUCACUAAGUUCAAAAUAGAAUUUGAUGUUGAGUAUGAAAACCAUGUUGGUUACUUUGUGUUUUGGGAUAAGGGUUGUAUCCCUUUCGUUGAAAUGACAACUACACAAUUAAGAGAACUCAUGAAGGAGGCUGGUGACGACAACCCUAAAAUAUAUCCGGCACAGCUCGAUAAACUGUUGAACAAAGACCUAGCUUUUCGUAUCAAGUAUCAGUCUUUUUUCCAACAAUUCUCCAUUGUGACCAUAAUAAAGGAUGAUGAUGUUUACAAGAACUUGGACAAAUUGAUUAACCCUAAUGAGCAUACAUCUAAUGCUUCUGUUUUCAACUUUGACACUUCCAAUCCAAAGGAAGUUCAAGACUAUCCCAUUAUGACACCCUCAGCUGAACAUACUAAAUCUGCUCAACCAUCCACCUCUGUGAACCAUACUUGGAGUCCAUCUGCCAGCUCGAGUAAUACCCCGACUAAAAUGGUUUCUAUUUCAACAUCUCUUGAUGAGCUUUUCCAAAAUGAAGACCUAACCCAUAAGCAACCCGCAACAAAAGCCAAACACUUGAAGAAGGAGUGA